AUGCUUAAUUUAUUAAAUUUAAAUCUUCUUAAUAAUUGUGAUACGCCUAGACCUUGGGGUCUAUAUUUUCAAGAUAGUGCUACACCGCAAAUGGAAGGUCUAGUUGAAUUACAUGAUAACAUUAUGUUCUAUUUAGUUAUAAUCUUGUUUGGUGUAGGAUGAAUAAUGAUUUCUAUUGUAAGAAAUUAUACAUCCGUAAAUUCACCUAUAAGUCAUAAGUACUUAAAUCAUGGUACACUAAUAGAGUUAAUAUGAACAAUUACUCCUGCCAUAAUUUUAAUUUUAAUCGCCUUUCCAUCUUUUAAAUUAUUAUACUUAAUGGAUGAAGUGAGCGAUCCCGCCAUGUCUGUAUUAGCAGAGGGUCACCAGUGAUAUUGAAGUUAUCAAUACCCUGACUUUUUAAAUACAGACAAUGAGUUUAUAGAAUUUGAUUCCUACUUAGUACCAGAAUCUGACUUAGAGGAGGGAGGAUUGAGAAUGUUAGAAGUAGAUAAUAGAGUGAAAAAGCCUUAA